AUGUCGAAAUUGAAAAAGGUGGGAUUUGAGUAUUCGAGAAUCAUAGAAUCAUCCUCAUCUACAACAUCACUUGAAGUCACUUUAUUCCCAAAUCUGAAAGAACUGGUGUUCUUCAACCUACCGGAGUGGGAGGGAGUGCCAGCUGGGUUGAGUGAAGAUCAGGAGGAGGAGGAGGAUUCUCUUGCAAGUAUUAAGGUAAUGCCGUGCCUUUCUACUUUAGAAAUUGUAAGGUGUAACAAGCUAAAGACACUGCCAGACUGCCUUCGGAGGACACCGCUCAAGAAUUUGAUCAUAUAUGGAAUUGAGAUUCUCUCGCAAAGUUGCAAAAACAGAGGGGGCAUGGAGUGGCCCAAGAUUUCUCAUAUCCCAAACAUUAAAAUUGAUAAUAAGUUGGUACAAAAAGACGGAGCCUGGAUCCAACAACAACAACAACAGCAAGUAGAUUGA